AUGUCGGGUCUUGUUCGUUUUGCUCUUGGUGUAUCACGGAUAGCAAAUCGAAGUUUUCAAGUGUUCCAACCGCAAAAACGGUUGCUCACAUUAACAAAUGUCAGAAAAAUGGGUGAUUUUGAAUAUGAGGUUAGUUUUUGUGAAUUUUGAUCGCUUGCAAUGUUCCUUUUAGGAUCCAAAAUCUGAAGAAGAAGUGGUGAAUAUAACAUAUGUUCUCCGAGAUGGCACAGAAAAGAAAAUUCGUGGAAAAGUUGGAGACAAUGUGAUGUUUUUGGCACAUCGAUAUGAUAUUGAGAUGGAAGGAGCAUGUGAAGCUUCACUUGCUUGUUCAACUUGCCAUGUUUAUGUGGAAAAUGGAUUUAUUGAUAAAUUGCCAGAACCAUUGGAAGAAGAAGAUGAUAUGUUAGAUAUGGUAAGACUCCUAUAAUCUUUAGUGAUAAAACUCUUUUUUUUUGUUCAGGCUCCUGCGUUAAAAGACAAUUCCCGGCUUGGUUGUCAAAUUGUUCUAUCAAAAGAAUUAGACGGAAUUCGAGUUGUUCUUCCAACAAUGACACGGAACUUUUAUGUAGAUGGACAUGUUCCAAAACCUCACUAG